GGCCCCCCCGUGAGGGUGGGGAGCGGUGGUAACCUGGGCCCUGGCGCCCUGAGUGGCGGCCACCCCGCCUUUUAACUCGCCGGACACCUUCUAGAGGGUCGUGCGGAUGACACGGGGCGUGUGUUCUAGAAGGUGCAGAAGCCUGAUCCCAAGUGGCAGCACUCGCACCUGGUCGCACGCAGAUGAAGAUAGAGAAAAUGGAAAAGAGAAAAAAUCAGUGAUCUGUGUUGAGGGCAAUAUUGCCAGUGGGAAGACGACAUGCUUGGAGUUCUUCUCCAACUCAGCAGACAUCGAGGUGUUAACGGAACCUGUGUCCAAGUGGAGAAAUGUCCGUGGCCACAAUCCUCUGGGCCUGAUGUACAGGGAUGCCAGUCGAUGGGCGCUCACGCUGCAGACGUACGUGCAGCUCACCAUGCUGCAGCAGCACACCCGCCCUCAGACAUUACCUGUGCGGUUGAUGGAGAGGUCGAUUCACAGUGCAAGAUACGUUUUUGUAGAAAACCUGUAUAGAAGCGGGAAGAUGCCCGAAGUGGACUACGUGGUCCUGUCCGAGUGGUUCGACUGGAUCACGAGGAACAUCGACGUGUCUGUUGACUUGAUAGUGUAUCUCCGGACCACUCCCGAGACCUGCCACCAGAGGUUGCGGACGAGAUGCAGGGAGGAAGAGAAGGUGAUCCCACUGGAAUACCUGGAGGCUAUUCACCACCUCUAUGAGGACUGGCUUGUUAAAGGAGGCCUCUUCCGCCCGGUGGCCCCUGUUCUGGGCAUCGAAGGAACGUCUGUUGCUGCUCACACAGUGCAGCCCUUAGAAGGUGCUGAGGUGAUUGAGGCUGACCACGACGUGCAGAAAAUGUUAGAACUCUUUGAACAAAACCGGGACCGAAUAUUAACCGCAGGGCGUCAGAAGCAUGGCACAUAGGACAGGAAAGAUCGUGCCAGGAAAAUGCCCACUGCUGCCAAGUUAGCUAUUUGGGAAAAUCCACCCUUGGGAGGGCUUUCCAUCUGGCCAGAUGUGUUUUCUUAAGGGCCUCUGCGCCUUCGCCACUGUCCUCGCUGUCCUGGGUCUUUGGCUCGUAGGUAAAUGACAGAUGGGACAAGCGGGACCAAUCGGUUUGCGGUGCCCCUUGGCACCUCUCCUGGUGGUUUCCCGCGCUGGGUUCCUCUGACUAAGGGGAGAGCCUCCCGAGAUCUGCUGGGCUCAUGAUGGCUAACCCUCUGGGCCCCCCAGUGGGGCAGGGCAGGGUCUUACCUCCCAGGGAGGGAGCGCAAAGAGGGCGGAGACUCCUCAGGAUGAGCUGUGAAGUGGAUCCAGCGCCUUUGACUUUUGCUGGCUUUUUGGCCAACUGCCCAAUGUCCUCCUGCCCCAGGCUCCCUCACCUGAGAGCUGCUCCCCCUCAGGCUGGCCUCCCCCUGCUGGAGACCCUCACAUUUUGGGGGAGAACCAGCAGAGCACAGAGCUAAUAGCAUCUCAUUAUAUGGGCCGUCCUGGGGGACAGUCAGCGUUUCUAGGCGGUCCCAGAAUUGUGCUGCGUUGGCUUGAGCCCAGCGUUCGGUGGUUUCCCGGCACAAGGCCCCUGAGCCGUUUACCAUCUCACAUGCGGACUUCCAUGUCCUCAGGAGAACCAGGCCUUGGCUCCCGAGUAGCGCUCGGUCUCCUUGGUGAUGAAUGUCCUGCUUGAGCUUCUGCCAAUUCCAUAUCAGAGAAAUGGCUUUUGGCGCCUGGCCAGUUGGCCUGAUGUUGAGCUGGAACAGGGGGCCUCCAGCCCCAGCUUCUGGGGCUCCCUUGUUCCCUAAUGGCCUUGUAUGAGGACUUUCAUCCUUGGAAUUACUGAGAUUUGUAGCCUGGGGCCUGGGCACCAGUAGCCUUACGUCCUUUCGCAAUGUCUUCCCGUCCAAGUCGACACUGUGCCACGGAGCACCUUUAUUGGCUCCGAGUGACCCGCUCCUGCUCAGUGGCAUCAGGGCAUGGAGGCACAGCUGCCUGGCGCAUCAGGUCGGAAGCCAGAGGAAGGAAGAGCAGUCUCCUCAGGGACAGCCCGCAUGAGAAAGCCAGGACUGGCCUGCAACGACUCUUCUUGAAGCACCAGAGCUUCUGACAUCGUGGAAGCGGGCAGAGAGACCCUCAGGAAGACGGCACACAUGGAAAGGGCCCGCGGUGAACUCUGGGCAGUUAGGCCUCAGCCUCUCCCCAGCAGCACCUGGCUGCAAAAUGAGAUUUGAGCGCUCUGCCCCCGCCUCUGAACACAGCACCCUCCCCUCCCCACCAGCAGCCGACUCGGCCCCUGCGGCCCGUCCCAGCGGACACACUCCCUGGCCCCUCGUCCUUCCCGUCUGGACCCAUUCCUGGGCCUUGUGGGCAGGACAAGGGGCAGCGUCCAGAGUGGACAUUUGGUGUCCAAAUAUCAGUGGUGACCAGAAAGCUGGAGAGGCCAGAGCCUCUGCUGCCAGGACUCCUGGCCGGCGUUCUCCAGGAAGCUGGAAUACGCCUCUUCUCUCCGUAGCGCAGUCUGAGUAUCUGCUGUGCAGGAAAUGUGCUUUCUCUUUUCAAGUUUGCUCUGCGGUAGCCAAUAAAUCCUAAGAAAGCCUAACCCCGCCUGAAGCCUGAUGUUUAAUUCGGGGUGGAUGUCAGUGACGUGUUGCUCCCUGUGCCCCUUGCUGGGGGGAUGUGUUCCUAUUUGUUGGGCACCGUGUGUCCUAACCUGGAGUGGGUGGGUCCAAAAGAGGUCAGUGCCCUCCCACCCUGGCACCCUGGGG